AUGGGCAGCCAGGAGGAAACUCACCCUUUUGCGCAAGGGGACGUGGGGGCCGAAGCCACCGUCUUCCACAGGCCUGACACUGGGGCCAGCCCGGAGGGCCACACGGUGAGGGCAUCCCAAGGCUCCCAGACCCCUCCUGUGCGGGACCUCAGCUCACCGCCACCCGCCCAGGCCCCGCACGCCGGCCGCCUCCAGCCGCCUCCAGCCGCCUCCUGCCGCCUCCUGCCGCCUCCUGCCGCCUCCUGCCGCCUCCUGCCGCCUCCUGCCGCCUCCUGCCGCCUCCUGCCGCCUCCUGCCGCCUCCUGCCUCCUCUGGGGGAAGGGAGGAUCUACCACGUACAAGUUCCUGGAGGACACGAGCGAGACCGGCUUCCCGGAGGGCUGCCUGGGGCGGCUGUGGUUCUCCGCAGAAUACCAGCGGGAGGCAGAGCGGCUGCGGGUGGGCCUGGGCCUGCGGGUGGCUGUGGGCACCCUCACAGACCUGCAUCCCUGGUGAAGCUCCACCUGCUGCGGAGGAGGGCGCGUCCUGCCAUCCAAGACCAAACACAAAGCUGUCAACCCGCAGCUUGAUGAGCACUUGGUCCUCCAGCUCGAGCAUCACUCAGAGGUGCCGAGGUUCCCGGUGUACCAUGUGGACACGCAGAAGCACCAGCUCCUGGGCCAGGGGCUGUUCCCCCUGAGCAAUGAAACUGACUGUCGGAGCAUUAUCUGCAGAGACCUGGAGGCUGAGAGCCUGGAGCCUCCCUUGGAGUUUGGCGCCUCCAGCGCUGCCUCAGCUAGGACGGCCCGAGCCGCCCCACUGGCCGCCCUGGGAGCCCAGGGCCUGGAGCUCCAGGACCAGCGGAGCCGGGACAGUGUGUUUGUCAAAGUGUCGAUGAUGAACCAUAAGUUUGUCAAGUGCAAGAAGACUUGGGCUGUGCUGGGCUCUGCCAAUCCUGUGUACAGCGAGACCUUCAGCUUCCAGGCCGAGCCCGCAGAACUGGGCACUGUCAGCCUGAGCCUGGCCAUGCUGCAGAGUGCCCAUGGGCAGUCAAAAAGCCAGCCACUGGGCCGCGGGGUGGUGCCCUACAUGUAUGCCCGAGGCCGAGAGCUGGAGCACUGGGACAAGAUGCUCAGCAAGCCCAGGUUGCUGGAGAAGUGUUGGCACUCACUCUGCAGCACCAUGGAUCCCAACCUGACCUGGCCUGACUCUCCGAGGCUGUGCCUACUGAACCGACUGAUCGGAUUUAGUCCUGAGUAG